AUGAGCUUUCAGCCAACCUCAACAUCCUGUAGCCCUCCUACCACCACCAGCAGCAACAGCAACAUUCUGCAAGACUUGUCACUCCUCGAGAAGAAGCGCAAGGCCAGGCUAGAGGCACUUCGGGACUUGAACAGUGCUUUGCUAACGGAGACACUCACGAGACUUCGGGGGAAAGCCCAGCAGCUCCAGGACGACAAGUGGAUGUACCAGGACGUGCAGUGA